UUAAAUUUCGCGCCACAAUUUUAAUUGGCGGAGAAGUCGUCCCCAAGCGUUCACGGCUUCUAUGCGCACGAACGAACGCGCAGAACAAUGAGGUAGCAGCCAUUUUAUGUCGGUGUCUAAGAAAAACAUAAUUCGAAUGGCCAAUCUUAACGAAAUUGUGUAAUUAGUGCUCUAAUUUAUGUGUUUCUGCACAAGCCACCGUUAUUAGGUGUUUCUAUACUAAUUAGGUGGAAGGAGUUAAGAAUGGGGGAGAGUAAAAUAGUCCACCAUUAGUUUCCCGGCGCACUGGGGCGUGGGCGUUGGGGGCGUGGCGCGGGGCGUGGGGGUCCCCGUGCCGCCCCCCAGCGACCUACUCGCCACUAUCUCCAUGUUCGAACAACAGAUCAAAGCUGAACCCAUGAGCUUCUACACCCCCCAUUCACAUCACUCAGGACCCCCUACGAUAAUGCGUUCAGAUUCAAAUCAUGGUGUGAUCAACAUGAACCAGCAUCAUCAUCAGGAAGAUUCCAAAGACAGUCUCAUCAUUCAGCAACAAGUACAACACCAGGACAUGCUGGACCAGCACCAGCAACAGGACUUGCAACAAGAUGAUGAGUUGAGCUUUAAAGGUAUGGACGAUGAUGGUGUUGAUAUGGAUUUGGAUGGUCGACAAUGUUCACAGGGGAUGGGUGUGGACAUGGAUUCCGUUCAAACUAAAAUGGAGGUGACCAAUGGUGGACAAUUACCAAGAUCUAAACCUCAAGCCUGUAAGGUUUGUGGCAAAGUUUUGUCAUCAGCAUCUUCAUAUUACGUUCAUAUGAAACUUCACUCUGGAAAUAAACCUUUUCAGUGUACGGUUUGCGACGCGGCGUUCUGCCGCAAGCCGUACCUGGAGGUACACAUGCGCACGCACACGGGCGAGCGGCCCUUCCAAUGCGACCUCUGCCUCAAGCGCUUCACGCAGAAGUCUAGCCUCAACACGCACAAGCGCGUACACACGGAUGAGCACAUGCGCGCGUUGUUGGCGAACGAGCGGCCCCACAAGUGCGAACUCUGUCAGAUGCGCUUCACGCAGAGCUCCAGCCUCAACCGACACAAGAAAAUACACACGGAGGAACACAAACGCGCGCUGCUGGCUAAGGACCGCCCCUACCAGUGCGGCGUCUGCUUUGUGCGAUUCACCCAGAAAUCGAGUUUGGGCCGGCACGGGAAAAUACAUACCGAGGAGCACAGACGAGCCCUGUUAGAGAAAGUGCGGCCGUACCAGUGCCACAUCUGUUUUAUGCGCUUCACACAGAAAUCCAGCCUCGGCCGACACGGAAAGAUACAUACCGAGGAGCACAUCCAAUCGCUGAUCAACAAAGUGCGCCCCUAUCAGUGCGACAUCUGUGACAAGUGGUUCACGCAGAAGUCCAGCCUGGGCACUCAUAAACGCAUACACACCGGCGAGCGGCCGUUCCAGUGCACCGUCUGCCUCAAGUCCUUCACGCAGAAGUGCGCGCUCAAUUUGCACGAAAAGAUACAUACGGGCGAGCGGCCCUAUCAGUGCGACGCCUGUCUCAAGCGCUUCACGCAGAAGUCCAGCCUCAAUAUACAUAAACGGACGCACACAGUCCAGGGCAGACCGUUCCAGUGCCUGUCGUGCCCCGCCGCCUUCACCUGCAAGCAAUACCUGGAGAUACACACGCGCACACACACCGGCGAGCGACCGUAUCAGUGCGACAUCUGCCUGAAGCGCUUCACGCAGAAGUCCAGUCUCAACAUCCACAAACGAACGCAUUCAGUGCAGGGUCGGCCCUUCCAGUGCCUGCAGUGCCCCGCCGCCUUCACCUGCAAGCAGUACCUCGAGAUACACAACCGCACGCACACCGGCGAGCGACCCUACCAGUGCGACGUUUGCCUCAAGAGAUUCGCUCAAAAGUCAACACUCAAUAUACACAAACGAACGCACACAGUGCAAGGGCGGCCGUAUCAGUGCACGGAGUGCCCCGCCGCCUUCACGUGCAAGCCCUACCUGGAGAUUCACACGCGCACGCACACCGGCGAGCGCCCCUUCCAGUGCGACGUCUGUUACAAACGCUUCACGCAGAAAUCCACGCUCAACAUUCACAAGCGCCUUCACACCGGUGAACGUCCAUACGCAUGUGAUAUAUGUCAGAAACGAUUUGCUGUGAAGAGUUAUGUAACAGCGCAUAGAUGGUCGCACGUGGCGGACAAGCCGCUGAACUGCGAGCGCUGCUCGCUCACCUUCACCUCCAAGUCGCAGUUCGCGCUGCACAUCCGCACGCACUCCGCCGCCGCCUGCUACGAGUGCAGCGUCUGCGGACGCACCUUCGUGCGCGACAGCUAUCUCAUACGGCAUCACAACCGCGUGCACCGCGACAACCACAGCAACAUGUCGGCGAACAGCAUCGGCAACAUGGCCGCCAACGCCAACAACUCUAACAAUUUCGACACUUCCGGCGUUUGUGACUUAAGUUUCGUGCCGAUGGUGAACCGCUACAUGACGUCGCAGGGCACGCAGGUGUCGAUGCAGGACUCCAGCAAGAUGUCCGCCAUGUCGCCGCAGUCCAUCGCCUCCAUAUCGUCGCCCCCUCCCCCGCACACGCCGACCCCGCAGCCCAUGUCCGUGCAGAUGCGCCUCGCCGACUGAUGGGCCAGAUAGGUGUGGAGCAGCUUGCAGUGCAGCAGCCGGCAGCCGCCAGGAGCAGCUACGAGACAUCGCGGGACGCAUUCAGCGCAGACUUUACAUCUUUAUACAAAAACCUUUAUUUUUUAUUGAGUUAUUUAUUUAAAAAUAGUUGUGAAGUGCGGAAUGUUCUGGAAGCGGCGGUCGCGGUGCCGCCUAUUAUAGUGAUCGUAUUCGCAACUGUGAUUUAUCACCAUCACUCGAUGGCAUUCAUAAAUCGUUACUUAAAACUCUCAUCGUAGUAUUUAGGCCUAAAUUUUUGAUCUCAUAUUCUAAUUUGCUUAGUAUUAAAAAAUUAUUUGGAUUUCGUGAACGACCGACAGGAGGUUCAAAAUUCUAAAUUCGUCGAUAGCUUCUCAUUCAUGUUGUAGGCGUAGAGUAAACGAUAUCUUAUAGCGAUGCUUUAACUUAGUGUGUCAUGUAACGGAGUUCACUAAUUUUGUACGUCUUGUUACCGUUUAAAAGUGAAAAUAUUUUCAAUGCGGGCUCGUAGGUAUAAACUCCUAUAUAAUCAAUAAGAAUGCUUUAAUAUUAAUCAGAUAACGAAGGAAUAAUAAUUAACAAGUACAAAACCAUUGUGCGGCGUCCGAGGCGAUAACGAAGGCUUCACAAAAUUAACUUUAAUAUGAUGUUUAUUGGAGUAAUCCAGAGAAGUGCCUGUUGCAACGUAAAAUUGGCAAUAUUUUAGUAAGUGUGUUACUUUCAUGGGGUCCCUGACCUCUGUCUUCUCGUGUGGCAAUAAGAUAGACCUGUGACAUUUUUGAUAUCACUUCUGCCUUGUAUACAUAGAGCGUAUAAUUUGUGAAGCUUCUUACUGAACUUUGUGUGCCUUCUAGCGGAUAGCGACGUUACGCGAUAACAUUCGAUCACUGACCUCUAUAAAUGGAUAGGCUAUAAGAUCUUUACAAUGUUGGCGCUGGCGGUCGCUUUUGGUGGCUGUGAUGAGAAUUAGAACUAAUAAACAUAGAAUUAACUGUUAUUAAUAUCAUCAGGGGUAUUUUAAUUGGAAUGAAGCAAUAGCUGCCACUUUAUACCUAUCUAUUUAUACAGACCGGUAUUCGAUAUACAUCUCCCCUAACUUUUGUUACAUCUCUAAUGUUUUGUAAGACGGUGACAUAUUAUUAAGAGGCCGGUGGAAAUAGCAUUUGAUGCCUUCGAUUCGUGGUUUCUGACAGUACUUUACCGCUGUACAAUCAAGUACAAUUUAUGUAUAGGAAACGGGAAAUCAUUUGUAAAAUUGUAAACAACUUUCUUUACCUAACCGUAAUAUCAGAAUUUCGAUGUCCCCGUCUUACAAAUAUUAUUCCAAGAAGCAAUCGUUUUCAUAAGUAGAGUGUCGGAUAGCGUGUAAUGUAGUGUUAGCGCUGUAGUCUUCCACAGUAUGAGCUGCCACGGAGCAGCUACGGGGUUCCUUGUAGGGAUGGUUGCUACUGAAUCAUCCGAUUGAUAUCGGUAUUUUAAAAUCGAUAAUACGAUACCGAUAUUUUAUAAGCAGUGCUUAAAUAUCGAUGUAUUAAAAUCGAUACUCUUGAAGCUUUCGAAUUUAAGAAUGCACUCUUAUUUUAAUUUGGUGAAAUUUCAGUCUGUUGUAUAGUAUAGCUAUUUUAUUUCCGUCUAUUCAUUUUAAAUAGAGCUUAUUUUCUAUUUUUAUUUAUUACAAUAUUUUAUUACUA